GGCCAGGCGAAGGAGAGCCGGUCGUGCCCUGUGGUGUGCGCGGGUGCGCGCGCGCGCGCGCGUGUGUGUGUGUUUGUGUGUGUGUGUGUGUGUGUGUGUGUGUGUGUGUGUGUGUGUGUAUAUGUGUUCGUGGGGCACCGUCUCAGCCCCGGGAAGAUGGUGGCGGCGGCGGCGGCGACUGAGGCGAGGCUGAGGAGGAGAACGGUGGCGACGCCAGCGCCCGGGAGCAGGAACAGCAGGCGGUGCCGGGACUGGGACGCGACCAGGGCUGGGAGGCCAGGGCUGGGGACCCGGCUGCGCCUCCCACGGCGGAGGCGGCGGCUGCUGCUGUUGCUGCUGCUCCCGCCGCUGCUGCUGCUUCCCUGGGCGGCUGAGGCCGCGGCGGCAGCGACGGCGGUAUCGGACUCAGCCGCAGCCGAGGCCAAGGAAUGCGACCGGCCCUGUGUCAACGGCGGCCGCUGCAAUCCUGGCACUGGCCAGUGCGUCUGCCCCGCCGGCUGGGUGGGCGAGCAAUGCCAGCACUGCGGGGGCCGCUUCAGACUAACUGGAUCUUCUGGGUUUAUAACAGAUGGACCUGGAAAUUAUAAAUAUAAAACAAAGUGCACAUGGCUCAUUGAAGGACAGCCAAAUAGAAUAAUGAGGCUUCGUUUCAAUCAUUUUGCUACAGAGUGUAGUUGGGACCAUUUAUAUGUUUAUGAUGGGGACUCAAUUUACGCACCCCUAGUUGCUGCCUUUAGCGGCCUCAUUGUUCCUGAGAGAGAUGGCAACGAGACUGUCCCAGAGGUCGUUGCCACAUCAGGUUAUGCCCUGCUGCAUUUUUUUAGUGAUGCUGCUUACAAUUUGACUGGAUUUAAUAUCACUUACAAUUUUGACAUGUGUCCGAAUAAUUGCUCAGACCGAGGAGAAUGUAAGAUCAGUAAUAACAGCAACACUGUUCAAUGUGAAUGUUCUGAAAACUGGAAAGGUGAAGCAUGUGACAUCCCUCACUGUGUAAAUAACUGUGGUUUUCCUCAUCGAGGCAUCUGCAAUUCAAGUGAUGUCAGAGGAUGCUCCUGCUUCUCAGAGUGGCAGGGUCCUGGAUGUUCAGUUCCUGUACCAGCUAACCAGUCAUUUUGGACACGAGAGGAAUAUUCUAACCUAAAGCUCCCCAGAGCCUCUCACAAAGCUGUGGUCAAUGGAAAUAUAAUGUGGGUUGUUGGAGGAUAUAUGUUCAACCACUCAGAUUACAACAUGGUUCUAGCGUAUGACCUUGCUUCUAGGGAGUGGCUUGUGCUGAACCGUUCUGUGAACAAUGUGGUUGUUAGAUAUGGUCAUUCUUUAGCAUUAUACAAGGAUAAAAUUUACAUGUAUGGAGGAAAAAUUGAUUCAACAGGGAAUGUGACCAACGAGUUGAGAGUGUUUCAUAUUCAUAAUGAAUCAUGGGUAUUGUUGUCCCCUAAAGCAAAGGAGCAGUAUGCAGUGGUUGGGCACUCAGCACACAUUGUCACAUUGAAAACUGGCCGAGUGGUCAUGCUGAUUAUCUUUGGUCACUGCCCUCUCUAUGGAUAUAUUAGCAAUGUGCAGGAGUAUGACUUGGGUGAGAACACAUGGAGUAUAUUACAUACCCAGGGUGCCCUUGUCCAAGGGGGCUAUGGCCAUAGCAGUGUCUAUGACCACAGGACCAGGUCCCUGUAUAUUCAUGGAGGCUACAAGGCUUUCAGUGCCAAUAAAUACCGGCUUGCAGAUGAUCUCUACAGAUACAAUGUGGACACCCAGAUGUGGACUAUUCUUAAGGACAGCCGAUUUUUCCGUUACUUGCACACAGCUGUGAUAGUGAGUGGAACCAUGCUGGUGUUUGGAGGAAACACACACAAUGACACAUCCAUGAGCCAUGGAGCCAAAUGCUUCUCUUCAGAUUUCAUGGCUUACGACAUUGCUUGUGACCGAUGGUCAGUGCUUCCCAGACCUGAUCUCCACCAUGAUGUCAACAGAUUUGGCCAUUCAGCAGUCUUAUACAACAGCACCAUGUAUGUAUUUGGUGGUUUCAAUAGUCUCCUCCUCAGUGACAUCCUGGUAUUUACUUCAGAACAGUGUGAAGCACACCAGAGUGAAGCUGCUUGUCUAGCAGCAGGACCUGGCAUCCGGUGUGUGUGGGACGCAGGGUCAUCUCAGUGUGUCUCCUGGGAGUUGGCAACUGAAGCACAAGAAGAAAAGUUAAAAUCAGAGUGUUUUUCUAACAGAACACUUGAUCAUGACAGAUGUGACCAGCACACGGAUUGUUACAGCUGCACGGCCAACACAAAUGACUGCCACUGGUGCCAUGACCAUUGUGUCCCUAUGAACCACAGCUGCACAGAAGGCCAGAUCUCCAUUUCCAGGUAUGAUCAUUGCCCCAAGGAUAACCCCACGUACUACUGUAACAAGAAGACCAGCUGCAGGAGCUGUGCCCUGGACCAGAACUGCCAGUGGGAGCCCCGGAAUCAGGAGUGCAUCGCCCUGCCUGAAAAUAUCUGUGGCAUUGGCUGGCAUUUGGUUGGAAACUCAUGUUUGAAAAUUACUACUGUCAAAGAGAAUUAUGACAAUGCAAAAUUGUCCUGUAGGAACCACAAUGCCUUUUUGGCUUCUCUUACAACCCAGAAGAAGGUGGAAUUUGUCCUUAAGCAGCUGCGAAUCAUGCAGUCAUCGCAGAGCAUGUCCAAGCUCACCUUAACCCCGUGGGUUGGCCUUCGGAAGAUCAACGUGUCCUACUGGUGCUGGGAAGAUAUGUCGCCAUUCACAAAUAGUUUGCUACAGUGGAUGCCAUCUGAGCCCAGUGAUGCUGGAUUCUGUGGAAUUUUGUCUGAACCCAGUACUUGGGGCUUAAAGGCUGCAACCUGCAUCAACCCACUCAAUGGUAGUGUCUGUGAAAGACCUGCGAACCACAGUGCCAAGCAGUGCCGGACACCGUGUGCCUUGCGGACAGCAUGUGGGGAGUGUACCAGCAGCAGCUCCGAGUGCAUGUGGUGCAGCAACAUGAAGCAGUGCGUGGACUCCAAUGCCUACGUGGCCUCCUUCCCUUUUGGCCAGUGUAUGGAGUGGUAUACCACGAGCAGCUGCCCCCCUGAAAAUUGUUCAGGCUACUGUACCUGUAGUCACUGCUUGGAGCAACCAGGCUGUGGCUGGUGUACUGAUCCCAGCAAUACUGGCAAAGGGAAAUGCACAGAGGGCUCCUAUAAAGGACCAGUGAAAAUGCCUUCUCAGGCCCCUACAGGAAAUUCCUAUCCACAGCCCCUUCUCAAUUCCAGCAUGUGUCUGGAGGACAGCAGAUACAACUGGUCUUUCAUUCAUUGUCCAGCUUGCCAGUGCAAUGGCCACAGCAAAUGCAUUAAUCAGAGUAUCUGUGAGAAGUGUGAGAACCUGACCACGGGCAAGCAUUGUGAGACCUGCAUAUCUGGCUUCUAUGGUGAUCCGACCAAUGGGGGAAAAUGUCAACCAUGCAAGUGCAAUGGGCACGCGUCGCUGUGCGAUACCAACACGGGCAAGUGCUUCUGCACCACCAAGGGUGUCAAGGGGGACGAGUGCCAGCUAUGUGAAGUAGAAAAUCGAUACCAAGGAAACCCUCUCAAAGGAACAUGUUAUUAUACUCUUCUUAUUGACUAUCAGUUCACCUUUAGCCUAUCCCAGGAAGAUGACCGCUAUUACACAGCCAUCAAUUUUGUGGCUACACCUGAUGAACAAAAUAGGGAUUUGGACAUGUUCAUCAAUGCCUCCAAAAACUUCAACCUCAACAUCACCUGGGCUGCCAGCUUCUCAGCUGGAACCCAGGCUGGAGAAGAGAUGCCUGUUGUUUCAAAAACAAACAUUAAGGAGUACAAAGAUAGUUUCUCUAAUGAGAAGUUUGAUUUUCGCAACCACCCAAAUAUCACUUUCUUUGUUUAUGUCAGUAAUUUCACCUGGCCCAUCAAAAUUCAGAUUGCCUUCUCCCAGCACAGCAAUUUUAUGGACCUGGUACAGUUCUUCGUGACCUUCUUCAGUUGUUUCCUCUCUUUGCUCCUGGUGGCUGCUGUGGUUUGGAAGAUCAAACAAAGUUGUUGGGCUUCCAGACGUAGAGAGCAACUUCUUCGAGAGAUGCAGCAGAUGGCCAGUCGUCCCUUUGCCUCUGUAAAUGUUGCCUUGGAAACAGAUGAAGAGCCUCCUGAUCUUAUUGGGGGGAGUAUAAAGACUGUUCCCAAGCCCAUUGCCCUGGAGCCGUGUUUUGGCAACAAAGCUGCUGUCCUCUCUGUGUUUGUGAGGCUCCCUCGAGGCCUCGGUGGAAUCCCUCCUCCUGGGCAAUCGGGUCUCGCAGUGGCCAGCGCCCUGGUGGACAUUUCUCAGCAGAUGCCAAUAGUAUACAAAGAGAAGUCAGGAGCGGUGAGAAACCGGAAACAGCAGCCCCCUGCACAGCCUGGGACCUGCAUUUGAUGCUGGGGCCAGGACUCCCUGUGAGCAAGGAGUGGCGUGCCAGAGCCGUCUGCAGAGAGGGAGCAGGCAAGGAGACACUGUGCAGGGCAGAAGACUGGAAACUCUCGAAACAUCCACCUCAUCUGCAUGUUCACAAGCUUUCUUUGACGGUUUCUCCCAUCUGUGCUCCAGCAUCUAACCUUUUACUUUCAUAUAGGAAAUAAUUGAUUUAGUUACAGGUCCAGGGGUGAUCCAGUUGUUGCUGGAGGAGGCCGGUGUAGAGCGAGUGAGAGAGCUAGGAAUGACACUCAGGUUCACGUGUGGAAAACUGUUCUUGGGACUGUUUCAACAGUGCAAAAAACAAAGAUGUAGUGUUUACAAGUAGACAUUUGUCAUCAGUCAUUCUUGAACAUGGUCUUUUAAAAACUAGUCAGAUGAAUUAACUUGUUUUCAUCUGAAGCCUGCUAUCUUUUUUAAAAGAUGUACUAUUUAUUCUUGCACGAUUUAGGCAAAUAUCUCUCUUUCAGGGAGUAACUUUUUUUCUAGUUGAGAAUUAAUAAUGGUCCAUCUCUUUUGAAUCAUAAGAUAGAAGAGGCUGUUUUAAAUGUCAAGGUCAGCAGUGUUGGAAUGUCAACUGAUAUAAUGGGUAGUUUUCUGUAGCAACUUGAUUAAUUUAGUCUGAAUCCAUUUGAAGUUCUCUCUCUCUCUCCUCUCUUUCUCUUUCCCUCUCUCUCUCUCCUUCUCUUCCUCUUUACCUCUCUGUCUCUCUGUUUCUGUCUUUGUCUCUCUCUCUCUCUUUCUCACACACACACACUCAUACACUCACACACACACACACUAAGUGCCUAGACUUUAAAUAGAUCUAGCAAUUGGAAAGUUAGUAAGCAUAAGUUUUUACAUAAUUGCAUUCCUACAUUCUUAUAAAACUUAAAUAGCUAUCAUUGGCAAUCUGCUCUUUUUCUAAAACCUAAUUUGCCGCCAGGAAACAAUUUUCUCACCCCGAGAAACAUUUAACGUAGCAGCAGGGAUUGAGAGGAAAACAGAAAUGACCUAACUGUCAAAGCUCCUGUUUUUGUUAUCAAAAAGGACACUAAAUAAGGCAUGUUCCCACGUGCCUCCUUGCCCCAGGUCACUCUAGGCCUGAUGUUUGCUUCAGCCUUCUGGGUGCUCCUGCCAAGGCACCACAGAGGGAGGGGCUCACUCAUGUUACUUGUCUCCCUUAAGCCGAAAAGAGCAUGACAGCACUUGGGACCCCUUAAUCAAAGGGCAACUCUUUGUUCCUGUAGUCUGCUUGAGCUGGUGGGUCAUUCUUCAUUCUCAGGCUCAGGUGGAGUGCCAGGAGAGGGUCGGUCUCCUGUUGUCGGGCAGAACCUGCCCAAAGCCUGGAGGAGGACCUGAAGCUGUUUGCCCUCUUUCCCCCGCUCCCCAGGAGGAGCUCAGGCCUCCCAUGCUCCCUCCCAGACCCAACGGGUAGCUGUGGGGAGGGCAGUGAACGCUGAUAAGGAUGAAAAGCACAUGGGAAAAAUGGACAAGGGGAGAAAGUUAUGCCAAAUGAAAAGUGACCAAAUUGAAGUAGUGACCAAAUUGAAGUGGAGUAGGCCAGUCCCUGCUCUUCUCCCCAGGGCACUGCCUGGAUGGUGUGUUGUCCCCGUCCAUGGUGCUCUGUAUUCUGGCAUUAUGCAGCAGCCUCCCAAGAUCUCUCUUCUGCUUCAAAACCCAGUGUUCUAUGGCAUUACCCUGAGGGCGUAGACCUUUAGACAACAGUGCUCAAGUUUGUGAAUUUGGAGAAAUUAAUACUCAAAAGAGCAAAAACUGCGGCAUUUCACCUUUAUAUGCAGUGCCUAGAGAGGGAGUAUGACCUCUUCCCCAACACUAACCCCACUCCCAUGAAGAAUUGCCUGGAAAGAUGUUUUCAAGGAUGUUGAACCAUAAAACACUGAUGCACAAAACACCUCUACUUUGAGACUUGCCUCUCAAAAUGCUGCUUUUUCACAUUAUUGUUAAAGAGCAGAUGGUUCUGGAAAAGACCCCUCCUCUUACGAGCUCCCCACGUCCCUGCCCCAGAUCACAGUACCCGCAGAGAGCCUGCCGGGGACUGGCCCUUCACCCCUGUGAUUACCAGAAGGCCACUGGAGAGGACCCUCCCACAAGGGAAGUCCUUGUUUGUUCAAAGGACUGGUGUUUCCUUGGCAAAGAAGCCGCCUCCCCGUGGUAGUCCCAUGCCUUGAAAUAAUAAGCACCGUGUCCCAUAGCCACCUGGUUAUUUUCUUUUUUCUAAAAGAUAAUGUUUAUUUUUUAAAAGGAAGGAAGGAGCAAGUGAAGUUUAAUUCUGCUCCAACAGUGGAGAAACAACUGAAUCCACCUGCUUCUCCUUUGCAGCCAGUAGCAAACAGCUUCCUCCAGGCUUGGGCCAGAGGAAGGGGGUGGCAGGAGAAGGAGGCACUCAGCUUAGAGUCAGUUAUCAAGAGGAAGUCAUCUGGAACUUCAGAGCCUGUAUAUAAAUUAAAAUGGUUAUGAAAACAUCGAUAUUGUACUUGUACAUAACUAUACAGUAGUGUCUGAAUGUUCAGACAUUUGGAGUGUACAUAAAACAGAAAAAUAUCUUAAUGUAUUUUUAUUAAACAUAAUUAUGUCUGA